UUUGUUAACGAAAUGCAUAUCUAAAGAGUGUAAGAAACGAACCCAGGUAAUCGUUCGGGUAUUCGGCAGAAAUGGGUUCAACUUCAACUUCAGCUUUCUCAGUUUCUUCUCAAAUUGAACUUCUUCACGGACCCAAAUUCUCAAGCUACAAUGUCCGGGCAUUGCCUAACUGUCGAUUUAGCAUUCUUCAGAAGAAUCACAAACCAACCUCCCAAAGCUUGUUCUAUUCAGCUGCGAAAAAUUUUCAUUCCCCUAUUCACAAUCCUCCCUUCUCAAACCUCUCUGAGUCCGAUAUACGUCGUUCUACAUCAACCCAGAUAAAAAUUCACAAACAUUACGUUGAAAGAUUUGUGGGUUUUCUUGUUGGGUCAUUUAUCUUCAUGGGUUGUUUUAAUGUAAGAUAUGCAAGGGCAUUGCCUACUCAGACAAGCAGCAAAAACCCAACAAUGGCUGAAAAAUCUCAAGCUCUAGAGGAGGAUAGUGAAGAGGAGAUGAGGGAGAGGAUCUUGGAGCAUGAUCCAAGUAAUAUUGAUACUCUGAAAGCUGUUUUGUACGGGAAAAUGAGGAGUGGAAAGACAGAGGAGGCUAUUAAGUACGUUAAGAGGUUGAUUGAUCUUGAGCCGGAUGAGGUUGAAUGGAGGCUUUUGUUGGCUCUUUAUUAUGAGACAUUCGGGCAGCUGGACACGGCUAAAACAUUGUUCAUGGAAAUUCUGGAGAAGAAACCACUUUUGGUUAGAGCUCUGCAUGGUCUGGCCUUAGUGAUGCACAAGAACAAUGAAGGUGAAUCUGUCUUUGAGAUGCUCAAUAAGGCUCUAGCUAUUGCUCGUGAUGAGAAAAAACUUACUGAGCAGAGGAGCAUCGGGAUAUUAAUUGCUCAAAUGCAUGUUGUGAAGGGGGAACUAGAAGAGGGCUUGAAGAAGUUUCAAGAUCUUGUCGAUGAAAACCCAAGGGAUUUUCGACCCUAUCUUUGCCAGGGAAUUAUAUACAGUCUGCUGGACAAAAAAAAGGAAGCGGCAGAGCAGUUUGAGGCAUAUCGGGCCCUUGUACCUGAUGAAUUUCCUCAAAGGGAAUUUAUUGACGACGUCGUGUUGGCAGCUAUGACUGCAUCUCGGGAACAAUUUCAGAAGGAAUUUGAUGCUGAAUUCAUGCACAAGAAGUGAAGCCAAGAAAAAAAGGUUCUCUGGUUAUUAGUUUGAGAGUGUUUCAAAUGUGAUCAUACCUAUGUCAAUGCAGCCGAUCCUACUAAAACUCUAUAGUUAAGCCUGCUUGUGCAGCCAUGUCAAGCAGGCAAAAGUUGUUGAGUGAGGGUGUUCGUUGGCAGUGAAAUCAAGUUGUAAUUUGCUAAAAUAAAAACUGAUAAUGGAGAUGGUAUCGGGUGUUUGAUGAGAACGACCAAGAAAGACAGUACAUGAAUGGUUGCUCUGAAUCUAGUUCUUUAUUUCAAAAUUUGGUUCAGCAAUAUGAUGGAGAAAACAGACUUGAAAUGGAGAUUAUCUGGAGCUUUUUGAUGACAACAUAGAGCUCAGUGGAGGAAUGGUUGCCUCAAAAUAGCUAUUUAAGUUGAAUUUUAUGUAAAUCAGUGACUAAACAGACCUAAUAUUAUGCUGUACUCUCCCAUAGUUCUUUUCCAUUCCUGAGAGUUCUGAUGAUCUGAGUCUAGGAUUUUUAUGGUCAGUUGAUGAAACCUGACGCCAGCUUUCUUGGAUCAGAGAUCUCUAUGAUCUAUGUUCACUAAUGAGUCUUAGCCAUUGCUUUGUUCUUCAGUAGCAAAUCUCCCGAGCAGCUCAAUUUUUAGAAAAAAAAAAAGAGGGGUGGGGUGUAAGGGAAGACCUUUCUGUGCACAUAACAACAUAAGAUGUACCCUGUUUUAUUGCACAA